AUGUCAUUUCCCUACAAAUAUAACUACGCUCAAUUGGCUCGAGAGUCUGGAUUUCAAUUACGCAUAUUCAAAGAUGGUCCUUUGGACUGGCGUUUAAUGGGUUCUGUCGAGGUAGAGCGGAUUGUACGUGAACAAUGCCUGGAACAAAUAGAUUCUGUAUUAAAUCACUUGUCGGAAGCUCCCUUGGGCUCUAUACUUGAAAGCAAUAUCUUGGAUAGCGGUAUUGCGAAAUAUUUCCUCCUAUCUCAAUUCUCCAUACAGUACUUACUAUUCUGUCGUAAAUUCCUUGAGGAAACCGUGGCCGAACUUAGGGAAAGCCAUGGAGCGGCUCAAAUUGAAGUUGCUUCCCUAAAAAGAUCGCUGGUUGAAGCUAAUAACGAAAUUCUACAACUGAAUAAACGCGUUACUCAGAUGGAGGCAAUACACGAAGUCAUCUAUCCCUGUCACUUGUGCACCAAGAACUUCGUAAGCAACGAUGCCUUGAAUCUCCACAUUACACGCAAGCAUAGCACACAUUUAAAUACAAAGACUGAUUUACAGUUGCCUUCUGCCAAAGACCGGGAAAACGAUAUAAGCCUUAUAAACACAAUCAAAUUGGAGUUAGAAAUCAAACAUUUGAAGGAACGUUUAAAUAAUGCCGAAAGGAAAAUUAAGGACGGUGUUACGACACCAAAAUCCCCCAAAAAUAGAAACGAGUGCGACAAGCUAGUAACCAACACUGUAACCCAUAGUAUUGGCAUCCAAAGUAAUUUAAGCGAAACUAAGGAGCGAGAUGAACAAACUGAAGAUCCAAGCCUAUCCCAAUGGGCAGAAACGAUUUCCCAUUUACAUGAAACUCUGAUUGGCCUAAAUAAUUGGAAGGAAGAACAAUGUCGUCAACAUUUUGAAUUUUUAGCCGAUAUAAACGGAAAGUUGAGAGAACUCACAGAAGUCGUAGAACAACAGAAACCGGAACAAAUGGUUUCAGCACCAGAAUCGACAAAGCACGUCUUAAAUGCUUUAUUAGAUCGAAAAAUGGAAGAAAUUGGUAAAUUCACACUUGAUAGGCUUAGUGAUGUUGUUAAAAAAUUUGAGGUCAAUUAUAACGAUAAAUUAGAAGAACUGGAAAGGGAAUUACUAAAGAAGUCAGAACCGACAAGAGUUUCCACACAAGUUAACGCGUCAACGGAGGAGCAAGAAAAGUCAAAUAACGACGUCAUUGUCACAGAUCAACCAAAUCAAGGGAAACACCCGAAGGUUGCAUACGGCAACGAAGAUGAUAAAAUAAAUAAACAACGUCUACUUAAGACUGACAAUGAUGCUACUAACACGGAUUCGGCGUCUGAUCAAGAGACCUCUUCGCAUAGCAAUCAAACCUUUACAAAAAUUAAAUCAGAAAAUCCAGAUACUCAUUUCGACCACAAACUUGAUACGGAUGCGUCCACCGAAGAAUCCGAAGAAAUAUUGGACACAGUAAGCCAAAACAUUGCUAAUAGCAAAGAACUAUUUUUCGAAGGAACGAUCAAUCUUUCAAACUCGGAACAUAAUAAGCUUGAGGAUAAAACAAAUAGAAAGCCUCAAAUUGUGAAAAAACAUGACAAAUUAUCCGUGCUAAAACCUAAAACAGUUACAAGAAGAGAAGCCAAACGACUGUUAAGUUCCAAUUUAACGGACAUGGGUAUAGAUAAGCAAGCAACCUAUUUAACUGCAACGUCAAUGAAGGCGUUGGCAAAUGAGCUAAGCGAGAGAAGGCACAAAUUAAAGGAGAAACACCAACAUUUCUACCCCACAAGAAAUAGAAUUAAAAAGUUUGUUGAUAGGCUUUGUUCCUCUAAAUUGCCUGCAGACGUGAAUGCCUUAUUAAAUGCUACCAAGCCUCAAAAACCAUUGAAGAGCUCUUUCAAGCUGGGACAUAUGGAUUACCCGAUUUCAUCCGACGACGAAGGUACAAAUUUAUCGGAAAAAACAAAUAAUACGGCUCCGCAAAUCCCAGUGCAUUCCGGUCACAAUCCAGAGUUUAAAAAUAGAUUGGAAAGUAUUCUAGCAUCGCCGAUCAGAAUUCCCGAGGAUAUCAUAAAAACAAAGACGCGCGACGAGGUUACAAAUAGAACACCAGUCCCAAUGCCUCGAAAGAAGGUGAUGUUUAACCGAAGAGAUGUGAAUGACACAUUGAGUCUAAGCGAAACUGAAAGUCCUUCGUAA